GGAACUUGUCACUGUUGUUGUGUUUGCCGAUAUUGCGGAAGUCACGUGAUCGAAGAUAUAUGUCAAGAAUGGACGACACCGAAGAGAGUGAUAACCUAGGUGGAGUUAAACAUGUUAUUCUUAUACUGUCCGGGAAAGGAGGGGUAGGAAAAAGUACAGUUACAACACAACUAGCACUAGCCCUCAAUAGUGCAGGGAAAAAGGUGGGGAUAUUAGAUGUAGAUCUUUGUGGACCCAGCAUUCCAAAGAUGUUAAAUGUUGAAAGCAAAGAUGUACAUCAGUGCUCCCAAGGAUGGGUCCCUGUGUAUGCAGACCAGGCUCAGCAGUUGGCUGUGAUGUCCAUAGGGUUUCUGUUAUCCAGUAGAGAUGAUGCUGUGGUGUGGAGAGGUCCUAAGAAAAAUGCAAUGAUCAAGCAGUUUCUGUCAGAUGUGUACUGGCAGGAGUUAGACUACCUCCUGAUAGACAAUCCACCAGGGACAUCAGAUGAACAUAUCAGUACUGUAGAGAACCUGAAGAAAUAUAAACCUGAUGGAGCUGUAUUAGUCACUACACCACAGGCAGUAGCAGUUGCUGAUGUGAGGAGAGAAAUUACAUUCUGUAGAAAGACAGGGAUCAGGAUAUUAGGAGUUGUAGAAAACAUGAGUGGAUUUGUCUGCCCUCAUUGCACAGCUUGCUCCAACUUAUUUUCUAAGGGUGGAGGGGAGCAGUUGGCUCAACAGUGCAAUGUUCCAUAUUUAGGCAGUAUACCACUGGAUCCACAGUUAACCAAGUCACUGGAAGAAGGAGAAAAUUUUAUGAACUCUUUUCAAACCUCAGGAACGCGGCAGGCUGUCAUGGGCAUUGCAGAAAUGAUACUGACACAGACUAAUGACAAACAUUCAUAAUGAAACGUUUUUGACUUUUGGAAUAGCAUACUGCGUGGCUGUCUCCAGUUCAAAGCACCCCAAAUUUCAGAGCUUUGAUAUGGUGGCUUCCUCUAUGUACCUACCACGCUCUUUCCUGCAUGCUUUGAUGAAUUGUAGAGACUCGAUCCGUACUGUAGAGGCGGUUUUCCAGUCAAUUCUGGAACCCAUGGUGUUGGAAAGCAUCUUUUUAAUUCACCUUUGAGAAUAGACGAAGAUCAUGAAUUUUAAUGUCAAAGGUACAUAAAGGAUUUUGUACAAGAUGAACAUUAGUAGGCCUAUUUAUAUUUAUACUGGUUUGUUUAAGGCGAUUAUAUAAUGCAUUCUUUCUUUACUGGAUACCCAAGCAAAACGUACUGAAUUCUAAACAGAAUCAGUAUAAUAAAAGCAGCUUGUACAAGGAAUCGGACUGGAAUUCCCCAGGUUCAAUAUGUCGUGGAUGCUAUCGUACUAUGUCGCCGGUCUGUUUAAAAGAAAUCGCUAAUGACUCACUAAUGCCCGCGUCAUCGACAUAGACUCUAUAUACGGUCUCUAGGCCU